UAAUCGACAGUAAAUAUCCAGGUCACAAAUCUGACCAAUCAUAUUUCACGUUGUUCAGUCUUUGUCCAAUCGUCUGUGAGCUUGUUUGAUUACGACAGAGAGCAACAAGAAGUUUCCAAAAUGGUGCUUGAAAGUACUAUGGUCUGUGUGGACAACAGUGAAUAUAUGAGAAAUGGAGACUUUCUACCAACGAGGCUACAGGCUCAACAAGACGCUGUCAACAUUGUCUGCCACUCAAAAACACGAAGUAAUCCAGAAAAUAAUGUGGGCCUCAUCACAAUGGCAAAUAACUGUGAGGUCCUGACCACACUGACACCAGAUUCUGGCCGCAUCUUGUCCAAACUCCACGCUGUCCAGCCCAAAGGAAAGAUCUCUUUCUGCACGGGCAUCAGAGUGGCUCAUCUGGCCCUAAAACAUAGACAAGGAAAAAACCACAAGAUGAGGAUCAUUGCCUUUGUUGGGAGUCCUGUGGAGGACAAUGAGAAAGAUCUUGUCAAGCUGGCAAAGCGCUUGAAAAAAGAGAAAGUGAAUGUGGAUAUUAUCAACUUUGGAGAAGAGGAGGUGAACACAGAGAAGCUGACUGCUUUUAUAAAUACUUUAAAUGGGAAGGAGGGGACAGGAUCCCACCUGGUCACAGUCCCUCCAGGACCCAGUCUGGCUGAUGCACUGCUGUCCUCUCCCAUCCUGGCUGGUGAAGGAGGCUCUAUGAUGGGUCUUGGUGCCAGCGACUUUGAGUUUGGUGUGGAUCCCAGUGCUGAUCCAGAGCUAGCCCUGGCAUUGCGUGUGUCAAUGGAGGAGCAGCGACAGAGGCAGGAGGAAGAGGCCCGCAGAGCUGCUGCUGCUUCUGCAGCGGAGGCCGGCAUGCCCACACCCAGCGCAGACGAAUCAGAGGAGGCCUUACUGAAGAUGUCAGUAUCUCAGCCUGAGAGUGGUGCAGCAGUGCUUCCUGACUUCAGCAGCAUGACGGAGGAGGAGCAGAUAGCCUAUGCCAUGCAGAUGUCUCUCGCUGGAGGAGAGUAUGGAGAAAUGGACACAGGAGCCCCCAUGGACACUGCAGAAUCUGCUAAGGAGGAAGAUGACUAUGAUGUGAUGCAAGACCCAGAGUUCCUUCAGAGUGUCUUGGAGAACCUACCCGGCGUUGACCCGAACAACGAGGCCAUCCGCAAUGCCAUGGGCUCCCUGGCCUCCCAGACAGGAAACAAACCCGAUGGCAAAAAGGAUGAGGAGAAGAAGAAAUGAGGAACAAAGAGACUCCAGACAUUGACUAGAAAAAACAAAACGAAACAAAACUGCAGAGUAAUGCAGGAUUACUUUAGUACACAAAAGAUUGCUGAUGCAUCGUCUGUCUGACAGCCCAGCAUGAGACAGCACUCUUUAAGUUUAAUACCAUUGUUUUCUGUAAGACACUGAGAAGCACCAACAGAAUAACUAAGUAUAUCUAAGUGUAAAAUCUGACUGCCCAGUAAUAUAAAUUGAUAUGAUCUCAAAAAUGUAAAAGGAUCCACUUUCAAAUUGCCUUGUGUGUUCUUUACCCUGCAUUUUCUCAACAUGGUGUAAAAGAAGAAGUUAUGAUGACAGGCUUUAAAACAGUUAGCCACUCUCCUGUCAUGUCUUUGUGUUUUUUGCAAUAAAAGUCAUGUGUAAAUAA